UCAAAGGCAGAAUAUAAGCUUUUGCAAGAGUUGUACAAUUUCAAGAAGCCUCAUAGAAAUGCAACAGAGGAGGACUUGCUGGAUUGUGUUGAAAACCGUGUUCAUCAGCUAGAAGAUCUGGAAGCAGCUUUUGCAGAUUUAUGUGAUAGUGAUGAUGAAGACACUCUACAGAAGUGGGCUUCGUGUCCUGGAAUGAAGCCACUUGUUCAACUAGUUCAUAGUUUGAAAACCAGAAUGGAAAGCCCAGACUACGAAAUGGUCCAUCAGGCUGGUCUGACCUGUGAUUAUAUGGAGCUUCCCCACCAUGUUAGCACCGAAGAGGAGAUCGAAGGCCUCAUACAGUCUAUUAAAAUUCUAUUAAAAGAUAUGCCUAAGCCCACACUUGUGACAGUUGCUCGAUCAAGUUUGGAUGACUAUUGCCCUUCAGAGCAGGUUGACAUCAUUCAAGAGAAGGUCCUCAGUUUACUAGGUUCGGUGUAUGGCACUCUGGAUGUGCACUUUGAUUACUGAAGUACAUCAUCUUUAUGACCUUUCUUCAUAUAUUGCCCUCUAAUGCAGUGGAUUAAAUUGCAUAUUAGCUGUGGUUGCAAGGGGAAAAAUACUGUUAUUUCAGCAGAUGGCACUAGAACUCAAGCUGACCAAGAGCUGGUUUUGAGUUGCAUUGCUUUCUCCAAAUCAGCUGCACCUGAACUGUUACCUGUUUGGCUUUGUUCAGAUUAGUUCAGUGAUUAUUAUUUUACUGUCUGGCUUAUUUUUAAA